AUAUUGGGCAAUAAAUAUAUUAUUGCAUCAUUGAUCAUUGGCCUUUAUUCACGGGUAUCUAAGAAAGUUUUUCGUUCCUACUUGUAUUUCUACUCUGUUCCUAUGUUGAUUACUUAUUCCAUUGUAGUGAGAAAAUGUGAUAACAUUGAACUUGUAAAGUUGGUACAAAUAAGUCACUUAAGUUUGAUGAAAAAUACAAGAGAGCUUUACAACAAUGCCUCAAAAGAAAGAAAAGAGGAAGUCAAGAAAGAAGGAUGAUGAUGAUUGGGAGGAUGACAUAGCUAACGAAAUAGAGCAAUUGAAAUCCCACAAAGUUGACGAUAUUACUGAAGAAACGAAUGUUGAAGUUAAUGAUGAAAAUGAGCAAAGCAAGAAGAAAAAGAAAGGGAAAAAAGGAAGGGAAACAAAAGCAUCAGAUGAUGAGUAUGACAUAGAAAAGAAUGUAAACUCAAAGUCCAGUUUUGGAUUACUUGAUGAUGAAAAUUCUGAUGAAGAUGGCUCCAGGGAAGUUGGACAAACGACUCAUACAAAAAAGGGUAAAAAGUCAAAAAAUGUUUUAGAAAACAAGACAAAAAACCAUCAUGAGGAAGAAGAAGAUAUUAUUAAAAUGGCUGAUGGAAUCAAUGAAAAACUUUCUUUGCAUUCUGGUUAUGAGGAAGAUGAAGUUGAUUUUAAGAAAGAAAAGAGAAAAGGAAAAAAGAGAAAUCAAAAACAGAGGAGACUGGUGAACAUGAGAAUGAUAUUGACUCUAGUAAAGACUGCUGCUCAGAAACGAGCUGAAAAGAAAGAGCGAGAUAAAAAGAAGAAAGAAGCUCAAAAAAAGAAAAAAGAAACCAUGCCAAGUGAAAGUAAAGCGACUCAAAAAAUGGAGGAUGAUAACAAUGAAGUUGAGGAAAUUGGUGAUGAAAAUGCUAAAGCAGAAAAAUCUGACAGUAUUCAUAAUGGGAAUAAUGAGGUUCCUGAAGGUGCUGAAGGGGUAUCAGAAAUAAACGAGACGAAUGAAGAUGGAGAGGAUAAAAAGAAAAAGAAGAAAAAGAAAAAGAAAGGUAAGAAAGAAGAAGAGGAAGCACCAAAAACAAAGAAACCAGCCAGGGUGAUCAAACAAAUGCAAGAAGCCUUAGAGAAAGCAAAACAGGAACAGGAAAGAUUAAGACUUGAAGAAGAAGCUCGACUUAAAGCUCUAGAAGAAGCUGAAAAUCGACGUUUGGAAAAACUGAGACUUGAAAAAGAGCGUAAAGAAAGACAAAAGCAAAAAGAAAAGGAGAGAAAGGAACGUUUAAAAAAAGAAGGAAAGUUUUUAACUCAAGCUCAGAAACAAAAGAAGGCCCAAGCGGAGGCGCAAUUGAAAGCUUUACGUGAUCAAGGGAUCGAAAUACCGAAUCGUAGCGAAGUUGAAAAUUCAGAAGUAAAAAAACCGGUCCGGUAUGGAAAUAAGAAAAAGCAUAAACAUCCUCAAGAAAAGAUCGCUGAAACUCAUUCUGGUGAUCAAUCAACCGAACAAAAAGAAUCAGAAACAGAAUUAAAAGACGUAGAACAAGGAGCAGAAGAAAAUGAAAUGUUAGGUGACGUUGUUGAUGUUGAUGAUGACGUCAAAGAUACUUGGGAUGAGGAUGAAAAUGACGAUGAAAGCGAGACGGCGGAAAUUCCCGAGAAAGCUGUAGAUGUUGAAAAUUCAAAGGAAGGCUCAUCUGGUGAUGAAAGUGAAUCUGAUGAUGAAGAUGAAGAUGAUGAUGAAAAUGAUGGCGAAGAUGGUGACGAAUCUGAAGAUGAAAAUGUGAGCGAAACUGAUGACGAGGAACAAUCUGAAGAAGACGAAACAUUGUCUAAAGAAGAAAGGGAAUUUUUACGAGCUGAACAAAGAAUAAAGAAACGCAGGGAAAAAGCUGAAACCACCCGGUCAAAGGAAAAGUUGCGAUCACCUGUCAUAUGCGUGAUGGGUCACGUGGACACUGGCAAAACAAAAAUAUUAGAUAAGAUACGUCACUCUCAUGUCCAAGAUGGUGAAGCUGGAGGUAUUACGCAACAAAUUGGAGCCACAAACGUUCCAAAUGAUGCAAUUCGACAACAGACUAAAAUGAUUAAAGACUUCACUGAUUUUGAAAUGAAAAUUCCGGCGUUGUUGAUCAUCGAUACGCCAGGCCACGAGUCAUUUAGUAACUUGCGGUCACGUGGCUCAACAUUAUGUGACAUGGCCAUUCUAGUUGUUGAUAUUAUGCAUGGUUUAGAACCUCAGACUGUAGAAUCUAUCAAUUUGCUGCGAAAGAAGAAAACUCCAUUUGUUGUUGCUUUAAAUAAGAUUGAUCGUUUGUAUGAAUGGAAGCGGGGUCCAAACUCCAGUAUCGUUGAUACACUUAAAAAACAAGGGCGAAGUACGAAACAAGAUUUUGAAGAAAGAUUGAACAAAAUCAUUGGAGAAUUUGCUGAAGAGGGCUUAAAUGCUGUAUUGUUUAAUAAAAAUGUCGAUACGAAAUCCUACAUAUCUCUGGUACCUACAUCUGCACAUACUGGUGAUGGAAUGGGUGAUCUCAUUGCGUUAAUUGUAACGUUAUGUCAAACAAAGCUCGCUCAACGAUUGUCGUAUUCGGAAGAACUUCAAUGUACUGUACUUGAGGUAAAAUCCAUAACUGGACUGGGAACUACAAUUGACGUCAUACUGACGAAUGGUCGUUUGGCCGAAUCUCAAACGAUCGUAUUGGGUGGUAUCCACGGUCCGAUAGUUACUCAAAUAAGAGCCCUUCUUAUGCCACAACCUCUGAAAGAACUACGGGUGAAAAAUCAGUAUAAAGAGUUCAAAGAAAUUGAAGCUGCUCAGGGUGUUAAAAUAACUGGAAAAGAGUUGGACAAAGCUCUUGCUGGCUCACCAUUGUUUGUAGCUUAUCAAGAAGACGAGAUUGAAGUAUUGAAAAGAGACGUCAAUGAAAUUGUUCAAAGUACAUUGAAAUCGAUUAAAGUUGCUGAUAAAGGUGUAUGUGUUCAAGCUUCGACUCUUGGUUCCCUUGAAGCUCUUUUGGAGUUUUUGAAAACUUCCAAAAUACCGUAUUGCAGUGUUAGUGUGGGACCUGUUCAUAAGAAAGAUGUUAUGAAGGCUUCAGUAAUGUUGGAACAUGACAAUCAAUUUGCCGUUAUACUUGCAUUUGAUGUAAAAGUUGAACGCGAUGCUCAAGAACUUGCAGAUAAUCUUGGAGUAAAAAUCUUCACUGCUGACAUUAUUUAUCAUCUUUUUGAUAAAUUUAUGAGUUAUAGAGAGGAAUUAAAGCAAAAGAAACGUGAUCAAUUUAAACAUAUUGCAAUAUUUCCAUGUAAAUUGAGAGUUCUAACUGAACAUAUUUUCAACACUCGUGAUCCAAUUGUUAUCGGUGUUGCUGUCGACGCUGGUAUUGUAAAAGAAGGGACACCUUUAUGUGUUCCCACUAAAGAGUUUGUUGAUAUCGGUAUUGUGACUGGCAUUGAGACGAAUCAUAAAUCUAUUGAGAAAGCAUCAAAAGGAAUGGAAGUCUGUGUAAAAAUUGAACCAAUUCCAGGAGAAGCACCAAAGAUGUACGGUCGCCAUUUUGAUCAUACCGAUGCAUUAGUUAGUAAGAUAUCUCGUGAGUCUAUUGAUGCUGUCAAAGAAUAUUUCAGAGAAGAUCUUCAGAAAACCGACUGGCAGUUAAUGAUAGAACUAAAAAAGUUAUUCAAGAUUAUUUAGAUAGUUUACCCCAGAUUUGUUUCAAAUUUUGCGUUCUACAAUAUUGGUAUUUGCAUUUAUUUGGCAUUUUCAGAUUUAUUUUAUUGAAACACAAAAACGGUUACUGUACCUACCAUAGGGAUGUUUUUGUCAUUAGUUUUUCAUCCUACACUAGGAAAUGCGAGCACAUUUCAUAACUCUACAAAAUCCAUAAGAAAUCGUGUAGUUAAACAUCAUUGUUGCUCACUGAACUCAUGUCAAAGAAUGAUGUUAGUGUUGGUCAUAAUGAUUUUUGCCUACUUUUCAUCGAUGAAUUGUUGAUGUUGAUUAAAAUGAACGUAUUGCAAAAUAAAUUUCAUUUCAUUUAAUGAAGCAAUUUUUUUAUCCUAACAAACUGUGAUGAUAUAAUCAAUUCAAAUAUAUAUUUCACUACAUGAAA